AUGACUCAAAAAACCUUGUUGGGAAUGACAAAACGGAAUGCAUUAUCAUUAUCAUUAUUAUCUGUUCACUUUGUAAAAGAAGCUGAUUUUGUAUUUUUAUUAAGACUUGAAUGGUUCAUAUUUAUGCAUGUUUAUGCUUUUGGGAUUGUUUGCAACCAAAAAAAUCCGGGAUAUCAGAUCAACGAUCGCGGCUUUACGGACACGGGUGCGAGACAUUUAUGUAACAUUUACCAUGUAACAUUUACCAUGUACCAUUUAUCACUUCCAGUAAAUUUUUUAAAAACAAAUUACAAGCUGGGUGUUGCUUAUGCCAUUGUCACUUUGGCUUACUAA